CCUCGACGUGAGUGGCGGUUGUUUGAAACAUUUCUGUUAGAUAUUUCCUACCAUGGCGUUUUCAUUGAGAGACGAACUUCGACCCCAUGACAAUUGGGCACCAGAAUCUGCGGCCUUGUCCACUUGCAGUAACGCGGACAUAUAUCGUAGAAUGAACACCAUGCUGGGCAACUCUCUGGAUUUUACUGGUGUGUGCACCACGUCCGGCACAAGGGAAAGCUAGACAUGCUCCUGACCGACCUGCAGGAAUCGGAGCUGGCUGCAGUGGGCAGCAGGAUGCUCUUCCCCAGUAGCAGUGGCAGCGGAAGCUCUCUCCACGAGGGCGCCUCCAGAGGCCUGCCAGAUGUCAACGACCUGGGCCUGGGCCUCCAGUCCCUUAGCCUGUCCGGCUGGGAGCGCCCCUGGAGCAGCCAUGACACGGACACACACACCACCGCUGCUUCCCAGGCCCACACCAGCUCUACCUCCAUGCUGGACAUGCUGGGCAGUCCCCUGGGCCAGAUCCUGGGCAAGCCCCUUGGCUAUAACCCCCCCAGUGAGCCCAUGGGCACGGCAGCUGAAUUCCUGGAAAAGUUCCCCGGCAUGGCUCGCAUGACCAGCCGCCUGGACUCACGCUCCUUCCUAGACUCACGCUCCAGCAGCCCUGUAGACUCUGAAACCAGUGGCUUCAGCUCCGGCUCGGACCACCUCUCAGACCUGCUCGUAAGUAUCUGU